AUAAAUGUUGACAUUCAACUUGUUUGUUUGACGUUUCUUAUUUUUUGCAUCAAUUGAUCUGACCCUAAAUGUCGCGUCAAUAUUUAUGACAACCAUUAAAACACGCCAUAGAUUUACCAAUAGAACUACUUGAAGUAAUAAUUAGGUGAAUGUCAAGUUAUUCUGAAGUCUGAAUUCAUCUAACCUCUCUUAUGUAGAAGUUUGACGUCAUAUUUGGUUCCUGAUUAAUACGUGUAUACCUCAUGUCGCUUGAGUUUACGACAUUCUAGGUUUAGAAAAGAAAAAAGCAGCCAGGGAUAACCAAACAACGAGACGUUAGAUAAGGUAAGGCAAGAAUAACUUGACAUCGACUCCUCUUACCGUUCCCUACAAAGAAUUUAGUUGCAAUAGCUAUAGUAUGUCGGUCCAAUACCCACUUCCUCACCCUGUCGAUGUUCCGGUUACAGAUUUGGAUGAUACCGAUGAUGAUAUAAUCUUCAGUGAACAGCACAAUACCAACUCCAAUCGAACGAAUGAUGAAGAUGAUGAAGUUGCUGAUCAAGACUUUCUUGAAAUACUUGAUUAUGAGAAUAAAAACAAUAAUAACCCUUCACUAUUUGGGAAAUUCACGUCAUUCUUUAAACCAACUGGUUCACCUGGAAACAGUUCUCAAUCAAGCUAUCAAAUGUUAAAUAGUGCUAAUGAAAGAGAUGAUGAUAGUUUUGAAAUAAAUGAUGAAGAAAUAGAGCGACCUCAUGGAUUUGAUAUAAGAGAUUAUCAAAUCAAAUUAUUGAAUAAAAAAGUUCGAAAGACAGCUGCAUUUGGAACCAUUAUAACAGGAUUGUUAAUUUCAAUCAUUAUAUUCUUGGUGGUUAGAAAUAAUAAAACUAAAUCAUCAGUCUAUAUCAAGUACAAUAGGAAAAUCUUAUCUAAUAGUACUCAUGAUUUCCAUCCAACCACUAUCAUUGUAUCAUUAGAUGGUUUCCAUCCUCAUUAUAUAACUCCAAACUUAACUCCAAGUAUGCAUAAUAUGUUAGUGAAUGAUUAUGCAGCACCUUAUAUGAUACCAUCAUUCCCAUCAUCCACAUUUCCUAAUCAUUGGUCAUUGGUUACUGGUUUAUACCCCUCUGAACAUGGUAUAGUUGGUAAUACAUUUUAUGAUCCAAUUUUAAAAAAACAAUUUAUAAAUACAAAUCCAAAAGUUGGUGGUUUAGACCCUCAAUUUUGGCAAGGUGGUGAACCAAUUUGGCAAACUGCUGAACAUCAAGGAUUAAACUCAGCUGUUCAUAUGUGGCCUGGUAGUGAAGUUCCAACUAUAGGUCCUACUGUUGAUUUUGAUAGAUAUAAUGGUUCUGAAGCAUUAUCUUCAAAAGUUGACCGUGUUAUGGGUUGGCUUGAUAGACCUUUUAUGACUACAAGACCAGAAUUAAUCUUAACUUAUGUUCCUACUAUUGAUACCUUUGGUCAUAAAUUCGGUAUUUAUGGCUCAAAUUUAACUGAUGCUUUAAACUAUGUCGAUAAUUUUAUUGAUUUACUUCAAAAACAAAUCACAGAAAGAAAUCUUGAUGAUAUUGUUAAUUUGAUCAUUGUUAGUGAUCAUGGAAUGGCACCAACUUCUAAUCAAAGAAUAAUCUAUUUAGAUGAUUUGAUUGAUUUAGAUAAAAUCGAGCAUAUUGAUGGAUGGCCAUUAUUUGGUUUAAGACCUUAUGAAAAGUAUUCCAUUGAUGAAAUUUAUCAAGAAGUUUUAGCCAAUUAUGAAAAGUCAGAAUCAAAAGAUCAUUUUAACAUUUAUAAAGUGGAAGAUAUCCCUCCUGAAUGGGAGUUUGGAGGUAAUUUAACCGACCAUAGAUUCAAUUACCGUCUUGCUCCAAUUUGGUUAAUUCCAAAAGUUGGUUAUUCAGUCUCAACUCAUAAACAAAUGAAAGAGAAUAAUAAUGAAUAUCUGCCAAAGGGUGUUCAUGGAUAUAAUAAUACUGAAGUUUUAAUGAGGGCUAUAUUCUUAGGUACUGGACCUUAUUUCCGUCAGUUUGAAAAUAAGAAAUUCGAACCAUUCAAAAAUACUGAAGUUUAUAAUAUCUUAUGUGAUAGUUUAAAUCUUGUUCCGUCUCCAAAUAAUGGUUCUGAAAUUUCAGUUUUAAGAAAUGGAUUACCUGAAGAUUGGUUAGAUCCAUUAGAAUACCCUGAUUUACCAUUUAAAGUUGAUCAUAUUGUUCAAAAUGCUACUUAUGAUUUAUUAUGGAAGAAGAGACCACAAGAUUCUAAACCAGUCACCUUCUCAUAUAGUACUAAUAACCAACCACUUCAAUCCAUGAUUUCUGAAGAAUCAAGUUUAACUUCGGUAGCAUCGGUUUCUCUUCCAAAACCAACUGAUUUUGAAACGGGAGAUGAUCAUGAAGAUGAGGAUGAAGAUGACCAUGAAGAUGUUGAUGAUGACAAUGAACAUGAAGAUCCAGAGGACAACGAUGACGAAGAUGACGAUGAAAAUGAAGGUGAUAAAGGUUCAUUAUUAGAUCAACUAAUUGGUGGAUUAGAAGAUAUAGUCAAUGAUGUUGUGGAUGAAGCUGAAGAUAAAAUUACUGAUGUUAAUAACUUUUUAGAUCAUCUUUUCCAUGGUGAUGGCGGUAACUCAAAGAGUAAAGAGGAGAAUGAUAAAGAUGAUAGCUGAGUGGAGAGCAAAAGUACAUAAGGCAUAUUACUCCGAGAGAUGUUUAUAUAUUUAUAUAU